AUGGCCACCACCCACUUACCGCUCCAUGAAACUCUGACCAAAAGAGCAGGGAGAGCGUGUCUGACGUGCCGGUCGCGCAAGAUUCGCUGCAACGUCGAGGAGCGAGGCCCUCCGUGCAGCAACUGUCUCACCGACGACGUCCACUGUCAGACGGCGAGGAGUAAGCGUGGCAAGAAGCCCCGUCCACGCUUGAAGACCAACAGCUCAAGGAAUGCUGGACCAAAACACGGGGCAAUCAUCCCAGAUGUUGGUGCUCUCGAUAGCUGCUCAAGAGCAAUAAUAGCCCCGUCGUGUCGAGGUCGAGUCUCCCCUACCCACACAACAGGCUGGCUCGACGAUAGCGUGGAUAUGGACAUGUUCUCCCAAUCCUGCAUCCAAGCUACUACGGCUCCUGAACAAUCAUCUGCAACCGCUCAGCUCGACGCACGGUUCCUGCACCAGGAACUGAGCUAUGCGUCCCUCGUCGACAAGGAAGCGGUGCACAACCGGAUGAACAACAAUGCUGCUCUGACGCCGCGGAGCUUGACGGCCGUCUCGCAGCCUUCUCCCACUUCGGCAGCGUCCUUGCGGACAACCCACGACGGUCUUCCAGAUAUUGUGACGCCGCUCUCACAGAGCCUCAGCCUAGACGACAUCAACUAUCUCCGCCUGAAGGGGGCCCUGGACCUGCCGUCGGCGGGUUUUCUGAAAGCUCUUCUCACCGCUUACAUCCAGUUUGUUCACCCGUACAUGCCCACUAUCGAUCUUUCUACCAUUCGUGGGGCUUUGACCGGCGAGACUGCAAGCAUCGGCAUCCUUCCAUUACAAGCCAUAGUAUUUGCGUCCGUCCCUUUUGUAGACAUCAGCGAGAUUCAGAGAGCGGGUUUCAAUUCUCGACGGGCAUGCCGAAAGGCUUUUUACGAAAGGACUCGACUACUUUAUGAUCAUGACGUGGAGACUGAUAAGCUCGCCAUCAUCCAAGCCGUGCUGUUGAUGGCAUAUUGGAGCGAGUAUCCCGGCGACAACAGGGGGGCAUGGUACUGGAUGGGCAUUGCCAUUACUCUUGCACAAACCCUGGGAAUGCACAGGAAGGCCGAGUACAAGGUGCAGUCUCAGGACGCCAAGCUGCAUAAACGAGUAUGGUGGUCAUGUUUCAUCCGAGAUCGAAUGCUAGCGAUUGCGAUGGGUCGACCGCUGCGGAUCAAAGAAGCCGAGUUCGAUACGCCGGCACUGACACUCGAAGAUUUCGACAUCGUCGAUCUGUCCAGUAUUUCAGAGAAGGUGCUCCUGACAAUGGUCGACCAGAUUGCGCUAGCGCAGAUGUGCAUCAAGAGCACAGAACUAUGCAAGCUGGGAGCGGAGGUUCUCGAGCUCCAUUUCUCCGUUCUGCCCAGCGAGAAAUCCACGUCGACGGCCAAGGGGGACAACGGAUCCACGGCGACGAUGAUGUUCUUGAAGAGUGGCACGUCGAACGAACAGCUCGUGCAGAAGUACGAUGAAGAACUACAGGCCUGGUACAGGACACUUCCCGCUUCAUGCGUCUAUAGGGCCCAGGCCGGCCAGGAGGGUUACAGCCCGUGUGUCAUCACCAAUGCAGCGUCCUUGCACAUCACGUUCUGGUCAGUGGUCUCGGCCCUGCACCGGCCACAGCUCCGGAACAGGGAUAAGGCGCGCUCGGUCAAGAGGGUCGAGGAAGCGGCCAUUGAGGUGUCGAGGGUCGAUCGCGAGAUGCACAAAUCACAGCUCGAUCGAUACCUCCCAGCCACGGCCGGAAUCCCCUUCCAAUUCACCGCGUUCAUCACGCACACGAAGCGCCUCGAGAGCCAGACGACCAGUGACGUGACGACUGAGAUACUGGCCUCGCUGUUCUUCUGCAUCAAAGUCUUGGAAACGUCCCGGGAGGCCUUUCCGGGCGGCGACGCAGGCGGUGACUUCCUCACGUACAUCGCCAUCAUGGCCAACGUCACGCUCCUCUUCAACCAGGAGUCGAAACUCUGGGGCGUCGAAUACCGAGGCGUCCACUACAGCCCGGGCAGCCGCCAGCUCAAUCUCAGCUCUAGCUGCUUUGGUGCUGAGUUUGGAGAAACUUCGCCUCCUCCUCAGCUCCAUCAGCAUCAGCAUCCGCAACAGCAGCAACAGCAGCAGCAAACUCCCCCGGAUACCGUUCCCUCCACCAACCACGAGCCGCGCAAAAGCGGGAGGAUGGACACGACCCAAAACAAUGCGGAACUCCUUGCCUCGUUCGAGAAUACGGAUUUGAUCGAUCGGGCCAGUCUCGCGGACAUCCUUCCAGUCUGUAACAUAGAUUAUGACCACUCAUUUGCAAUGCUGGUCAACUUGGACUACCUGGGGGACGUUGAGAUGGUCGGAUGA